UCAGCGCCUCUUGCCCUGUCUCCUCCCACCAACACUAUAUUUGUAGCUCAUAGGCUAGAUUACCAUCUGACAUGUUUAUGAUAUGGUAGAGACCGAAUGUAGAAUGUUCGAAACCGCGUCCAAAUAAUGCGUAACCGCAAAAGCACCUAAUGCCUGAAAGGACAAGUUACAGGAUGCGUCGCUAACUUCAGGACAUGCGUAACGUCAGGUCCCCCCCCUCCCCUCAAAAGCAUGCUUACUGGUGAGGAGGAGAUACACGGUGAGGUGGAAAAUAGUGAGUGUCCACCACCCUGGCAAGCUACUUUCAGGGCAUUGCCUCAGCAUUUCAGUGGAUGAUUCAGAGGAACGACAGCACCGUGGACAGGGGAAGAAGUCCGCCCUGGCAAACACCCAAGAUGGAGCAGAAGAAUGGCAAGGUCACGGACCCUGAAGAGACAGAGGUGGAAAACUCUGAAACCAUAGUCCAUGUGGCCACGGGUGGGGACGUGACGGCACCGGACGGGGGUUGGGGUUGGGUGGUGCUGGUGGCCACCAUCCUGGUGCUAGCCCUGACUCUGGCUUUCCCCUCCUGCAUGGGCAUUUUCUAUACUGACCUACAGACAGAGUUCCAGGCCACCAACCAAGAAACCUCCUGGGUGCCUUCCUUGAUGACGUCAGUGCUGCACGCUGGAGGUCCAUUCUGCAGUGUAUUGGUGGAGAGGUUUGGUUGCCGUGUGACUGUGAUGGUGGGCGGUGUCCUGAGUGGGCUUGGAAUGGCAGCCAGCUCUUUCACCCACACUAUUACUGAGCUCUACAUCACAGCUGGGUUUAUUACAGGACUGGGAUUCUGCUUCAGCUUUCAGCCUGCGGUGACCAUCCUCGGGCACUAUUUUGUGCGGCGGCGAGCUUUCGCCAAUGCCAUGUCGUCCACAGGCACUGCCCUGGGCCUGUGCACCCUGCCCCUCCUGGCCAACUAUCUCCACACCGAGCUGGGCUGGCGUGGCAGUUUCCUGGUGCUCGGGGCCGUCCUGCUCAACUGCUGCGUGUGUGGGGCUGUAAUGAGGCCCCUAGGAGGCCCGAUACACCGGGCCCAGCCUCUGAUGAACCGCGGGCCUCUCCAGCCGAAGGAGAAGUUGAGGUGUAGAAUAAAGGCCGCCCUCAAGGCCGCUUUGCACCGCCACAUGGCCUUUGACCUCUUCCGUGACAACCUGCGUUACCGGGUUUACACCCUGGGUAUCACCUGGAUGAUGCUGGGCUUCGUGGUGCCGCUGAUCUACCUGGUGCCCUACGCCACGGCCCACGGCAUGGAGACCGGCCGCGCCGCCCUCCUGCUGUCCGUCCUGGGGAUCGUCAACAUCGUGGUGAGGCCGCCCAGCGGCCUGCUGUUCGACCUGCCCUGUUUCAAGGGCCGCCACGUCUACGUGUUCUCGGCGGCCCUGCUGGUGAACGGGCUGAGCAACAGCAUCUGCUGCAUCGACGCUAGCUUCCCGGUGCUGCUGGCGUACGUGGUGAUCUACGGCCUGUCCAUGAGCGUGGUGGGCUCGCUGAUGUUCACCGUGCUCAUGGACAUCCUGGACAUGAGGCGCUUCCCCGCCGCCCUGGGCCUACUCGCCAUCAUGGAGAGUGUCACCCUUCUCAUUGGGCCCCCGCUUGCAGGAAUCCUGGUGGACAGAACGGGGGAGUACUUCUACGUCUUCUUCGUCUGCAGUGCCGUCGUGGCUGGAUCCGCUGUAUUCCUCAUGCUGUCGUUCUGCUGCCUGGACAGAAGGGACAAGGUGGCGCUCAAGGCGCAACAGGCGUCAGCCCCGGACAACACACCCAAGCAGGCCGUCUGUGACGUGUUCCCCCAGUGUCAAUACAGCGACGUGCCUACAGAGGGCGACAAAGACGAGGCCUCAGACUAAGACUGGGGAUGUCGCCCCGUCCUGUGAACAGGGUCACAGUGCAAACACACACACACACCAAAACACACACACACACCAAAACACACACACACCAAAACACACAGAUGUAUACUUCCCAAGAUGCUGUGAUUGUAUAACCUGUGCUGCUCUUUCCAAAGUAGGAAUGUGUGAUUCAUUUUUCUACAUUAGAAUCUGACAAUCAAUCGAGUCCCUUGUUUCUUUGACUGACUGGUCCGUUACGGUAAUUGUGAGUGCAAGGGGUUUUUGUAUCCAGUGAGUACCUGCUAGGAGUGGGAUCACUGGUUGCAGUCCAAGUCUGCAUUGUUUAUGUGGACUGGGGAGCACUUUAUUUUCUUACAAAUGCCAUAUUCCUUUAAUCAGUGCCUUUUUCCUCCCACCCCAUUAAAGAUUGGUCAAUGACCUGUUUUUCAAGAUCUGGCAAAAAUCCCUCUCAUCCCUAUCAACAUUUAAUGUCUGAUUGUAUUGCAUUUGCUGUAUUACUUAACCAGAAAUAACCUCAACUAAGUGAAGAGUACUGUAAGCUAUUAGUAUAUUACAAUAUCAAAGACUGAUAUCGUUGGUUGAGCAAUUCAUAAAGAUAUUUUGGAUGUUUGGCCAA